CAUUUUGUCACUGUACCGCCCAAAAAGAGCGAGUUUGCGCUGUCCUCACUAGGAAGUGCGGAGAAUUUUAUGCGCUUUUUUUCAGCUGGGUUGGCUCAUGUCAGCUGGUGGUUAUUUUUUCGUUGUUACAGUUUCAAAAGGCUGCCAUAAAUUGCCACAGCACGGGAUAAUAAUCCGCCAGAGGCGUUACGGCAGAUCUUUGAAAAAUGCCCCGGAGAAAGAGGACCGCUGGCAGCAGCUCGGACGGGACGGAGGACUCGGACUUCUCCGCUGAUGUCGAGCAUGCUGAAACUGCUGAGAUUGUGCACAGACGCAGCAGCACACGCUUGACUCGCGCGUCUCUGCGACUCAGCCAAAGUUCACAAGAUAACUGCAGCUCUCCUGUAACUGUGGGUCCUGAUGAAGCUCUGGACUCAGCCGUAGAGUCAGCGCCAACAGCUGUUGCAGCAUCAGUCUUCUCCUCCGGGCGCAGGGUCACACGCAGCCAGCAGGGGGCGGCAAACACCACAGCCAAAAAAUACCCACUACGGCAGAGCAGGUCGUCCGGCUCUGAUACAGAGGCUCACGACGUCAAACAAGGGGCGGAUCGUGACGAGACCCCUCCUCGCACACCAACAGGCAACGCCCCGUCAUCAGAGUCGGACAUUGAAGUUUCCAGCCCGAGCAAUGACCUGGUGUCUUCUAGCAACGACAUUGUAGUUUCACAAGAGGAAGACGAGAGGUUGGCCAAAGAGCUGUCACUCAAAGAGGCCGCCGCCCAUGACCUUUCCCACCGGCCCAAACGCCGGCGUUUCCACGAGAGCUACAACUUCAACAUGAAGUGUCCCACACCUGGCUGCAACUCACUGGGUCAUCUCACAGGGAGGCACGAGAGACAUUUCUCCAUAUCAGGAUGCCCUCUCUACCACAACCUCUCUGCCGAUGAAUGCAAGGGCAAGGCAUCGACGCGCGACAAACAGGCCGAGGAAAGGACGCUGUCGCACCGUCAGGACGAGAACAGACACUCCACGAGAAACCAGGCCCCUACAGACCGUCAGCUGCGCUACAAAGAGAAGGUGACAGAGCUGAGGAGGAAGAGGAACACUGGCCUCAAUAAGGAGCAGAAGGAAAAGUACAUGGAGCACCGUGAGAGCCACGGAACGAGCCGCGAGCCUCUGCUGGAGAACAUCACCAGUGACUAUGACCUCGAGCUGUUCAGGAAAGCGCAGGCACGUGCCUCGGAGGACCUUGAGAAGCUCCGUCUGGCUGGCCAGGUGUCGGAGGGCAGCAACAUGAUAAAGACCAUUGUGUUUGGACGUUACGAGCUGGACACCUGGUACCACUCUCCAUACCCAGAGGAGUACGCCCGCCUGGGGAGGCUUUACAUGUGCGAGUUCUGCCUCAAGUACAUGAAGAGUCAGACCAUUCUACGCAGGCACAUGGCCAAGUGUGUGUGGAAACACCCUCCAGGUGAUGAGAUUUACAGGAAGGGGAACAUCUCUGUCUUUGAGGUGGAUGGAAAGAAGAAUAAGAUUUACUGUCAGAAUCUGUGUCUGCUGGCAAAACUCUUCCUGGACCACAAGACUCUGUAUUAUGAUGUGGAACCGUUCCUUUUCUAUGUCAUGACUGAAGCUGACAACACAGGGUGCCACCUUGUCGGAUACUUCUCCAAGGAGAAAAACUCCUUCCUGAACUACAACGUAUCCUGCAUCCUCACCAUGCCGCAGUACAUGAGGCAGGGCUACGGCAAGAUGCUCAUAGACUUCAGUUAUCUGUUGUCCAAAGUAGAAGAGAAGGUGGGCUCACCUGAGCGGCCCCUGUCCGACCUGGGACUAAUCAGCUACCGAAGUUACUGGAAGGAGGUGCUGCUGCGCUACCUGAACAACUUUCAGGGCAAGGAGAUUUCCAUCAAAGAGAUCAGCCAGGAGACGGCAGUGAACCCGGUGGAUAUAGUCAGCACAUUGCAGUCCCUCCAGAUGCUUAAAUAUUGGAAGGGGAAGCACCUGGUUUUAAAGAGACAGGACCUUAUUGAUGACUGGAAGGCCAAGGAGACCAAACGUGGUAACAGCAAGACCAUUGACCCCACAGCCUUAAAAUGGACCCCACCCAAAGGGACGUAGUGGAGCUACCGUUACACACUCCAAAAACACACAGUCACGCACAGAUCCUCCUCUGUACACUGGCAUGCUCACAGACGCUGAGUCUAAACCCUCACUCACUAUUGUACGAAACGCUUUCAGCAGCUACAGCACAGUCACAGACACGGACAGUCACUACUCUGGGUUCAAGUAACCACAACGUUAGUCCACAGGUAGGAUUCCUGAUAAAAGAGUUGUUUGGACAUUUCUCUAACAUUUGAAUUAGAAAAAUAAGAAAAAAUCCACAUGAGUCUGGGAAUGACUUCUCAGAAACUGGACUGCGUGUUAGUAAAAACCCUGAGUUGCCAGGUUUUUAAUAGCAAGCGAUCAGAAAGGACUUCUUUCUGAAAGGAAAGCUACAUAAAUAAAAUAUGUAAAGGAAGAGGGCUAAUGAAAAGCAAUGUUUAAUUUCCGUGCGAGGGAAAACUACAUUUAGAUGUGUCUCAAGCAAUAAGCAGUGUAAUAAAGACGGAUUACAGAAUACAUCCUAACAUACAACAUCCAAUACAGUACUUAACACGUUUAUAGAAAAGAAACAUAAAUUUCCUUAGUGUGUGGCGAGAUGCUAUAAAAUUUAAUCAUUAAUUAAUAAUUAAUGAUAAAAUUUUGUUUUAUUACUCUUUUGAUAGGAGUAGACAUUUUUACAACAAAGCAACACUGGGGUUGUCGCUGUCUUUUCAUUUUUUACGAAUGACAUGCUCUAUGCUAAAGCUAGCAGCAACUGCUGCUUAAAGUUAGCUGCUUUGUUUUGUGUGGGCAUUUAAAAAAUAAUAUGGUGGAAAAUAAGAAUGAUAUUCAGUCACAAUCUUGAAUAUUUAUUUCCCUGUUCAGGGUGUAGCACGACCCUCACCCCAUGGCAGGCAGAAUAGGCUUUACCUACACUCUCCUAAAUAGUAUUUUAUAAGCUAGCAAAAACCACUACUAAAGUUAGCUGGUUAACAUUUUCUUGAAAAUGGGCAUUUUGGGAAAAAAUGGCAAAAAUAACACAGAUAUUCAAUAAAACUUUUGAAUAUUUCUUGAUUAGACAGUAUUUUUAAGUAAUUGUCUAAUCAAGUAAUUGGUUGAGUUUAGCUGAUUAGCUUUUGGUAAAAGAUUCUUUUUUUAAAAAUGGGGGAUAACAUGAGAAUGUUAUACAAUGUUGAAUUUUGGAUUGUUCUGAUGAAAUGGGCUUUGAGUUUUAUGUAAUUUUUAACAUUUUCACAAAUGCACUUAUACAUUUUACACAAUAGAACAGACAGGUUUUAUUACACACUGACCACAGCCACUACUCAUCUUUAGGUUCUUUUGACGUGUGUAUACGUAGCAUGGCCGCUGAUAUCUUCUUGACCUCAUUUGUUGUCUGCGAAGUGAAGGUAAUCGUGCAUCGUUAGCGCACCUUCUCCCAGACACUUAAUUAGCACAGCGCACCAGGCCCGCUUGCUAAUCCAAUCAGCUACAUGUGGUAUCAAAUCUACAGUCCAUUUCAGUCUGUGAUCGAGACAAAACGUAGGUCGGCAACACUUUGACUCAUGUAAACGUGUUUUUGCAGACACAGACCAGCUGGUUGUGAUUAAACAGGACCAUGUCUGGGCUUGGAUGUAAUACUGCCAUCCACAUGAUUAAAUGGAGAGUUUUCAAGCAGACUGGAGAAGACAUAAGGUUGAUCAUUCCUCUGAGACGAGUGAUGAAAUCUAAAGAAAAAAAAGUGUCCCAAAGUAUCAAACCACAGUGAAUAAAAAACACUAUGUAAAUUAACUAGUGUUCACAUAUUUGACACACACAGAGGUGAAAAGUAACCUGAAAAGUGAUUUGAUCCAACAUAAAUUAAUGCAUUUUAUCAACUAGAUGUAGUUUUGAAAAGCUAAUAUGGUUUUAGGUCAGGUGUUUUACCUUGUGUCCUUGUGGCUGUUUGAACCCAGAGCCAAUCAGUAACCGAGCUUCUCUUCUCAUGCAACAAACCCUCACAUUGUGUCCAGUAUUUAACCCGUCUCAUGCAUCUCUCGGUUAGCAAAAACCUAUAGCUGCCACUGGGCCACGUUUGUACCGUCACCAAGGAGGAACCCACCCAAGAUGUGUGUUUAUGUGUGUUUUCAGUUUGUUUUUCUCACCCAGGUUUUAAGACUUUUCUCUCAGUUGUGUCUGCAGUUUCAUUUUUUAGCAGUUUUUAAAGUGUGGGAGCUCUUGUGUGCUUUGUUUGGUUUUGUUAAAGUUCUCAAUGAUUUUCAUACUUUUUCUACCUCUGAGGUUUUACCACUGUAUAAAAAGCUAAAACGGCGCAUUAAGCUUCUGUUUUUGUUUUGUUUGGGGUUUUUUUUAGUGUUUGUGUGUGUUAACGUGAAAAUAUGUAGAUGUUACUGCCCAGCGAGUGUUUUUUUCUUUUAAUAGAUUUUUUAAAAAUAGCCUAUUUAUAUUCUUUUUUAAAAAAAAACACAUUAACUACAUAGAGCGUAAACAAGCGUAGAGGAAUCUCUACUUUCUAGGGAACUGAUUUCCUUCUGAAUCAAAUAUUUAUCUAAAAAAACUGUAUGUACAUUUGAAUGUGUCUACCAGCUCUUGGAAAGUACAGGAAGAAGAAUCCAGAACAUUUUCCCCACCAACAAAGGCGAUGACGGAAGUCAUUUACAUUUCAGAGGUUUAUUCCGUGUUAUCAAAAGUGACGUGAUUGAAUCAAAACAUGUCGCUUUGCACAUUGUCACUACUUGUUAGCACCAUAGUCGAUGCUGUGAGCUGUUAGAAAAGGGCAGCCUUGUUGUGUAAGCUCAAUAAGCAUGGUUGGCAGCACUUUCAAUUUUUUUUAAGUUGUCCUAUAUAGCCCGCUGUGAUUGAUUAAAAGUUUAUUGUAAUUCUAUUGACAAUCUCUAUAUUUAUUGAUCUGGAUCAACAUGUUGAUGAAUUUUAACCAGCAUUUAAUAUUUUGGUAAAGGAGUAGCUGGCUGUUAUUACCAAAUAUGGAUUUGUGAACAUUGAUGUGUGAUUGAUAUCUCUCUGGCGUCUGUUUGGUAAAUAUGAAGCUGCAGGCAGUUAGCUUAUCUUAGACUGGAAACUGGGAAACGGCCAUUCUGACUCAAGCAAAUAACCGACUUUAAAACAAGAAAUUCAUUUUUUGUUCAGACUAAACAUCUGCAGAGGACUCACAUACAUCCUAACAAUCAUCAGUUUAGGUAGAUGAAGGAAAUACAAUAUUUAAACACUGAGUGACUGGCAGUCACUAAAAGCAAAACAAACUAGCCACUGCUUGUAGCUUUUUAUUUGUUUUUUACCAAACAGACACGGGGUGGCUUCAAUCGUGCCGUCUAACACUUGGUAAGAAUCAGAAACAUUGUGCAUAAGUUUAGACAGCAGUUGGCUGUGAAAUUAGAGGUGUGUUGCCAACAAUGUCACAUUGAAUCAACCAUUAUCUUUUUUUAUUUGUAUAUUUUUUUCUGUAGCUUUGAUGUCACGUUUGAGCCAUUUUCUUUUCCCGACUACAGCUUGAAGUUGCAUUUCUUCUUGUGUUGAAACAACUGUUGCCUUAAAAGUUCAUUAGUUAAAAAAUCAGUGUCUUUUUUUCUUGUUUUAUAUACUGAUCAUUUCUGUGGAUAGGGUUAUCUGCAUUUUACAUAUUAAUAUUUUCUUUUAUCCUGUGGUUAAUGUGGUUAAAUGCACUGUCAUCAUUGGGUCUUACAUCACAGCACAGGGCAACAGUGCUAACAGACACUCCAUCUAUCCUUUUAGCACCAGCUCUCAAUAAAUCAAUUUUUAACUCAUGUGCGUUAACAGCAAAGUGCGCUUACUUACCUUUUUUCCUUUUUUUGCCUUUAAAUGAAUUUCCAAGGAAUAAAACACAUCCUCAAACACACUCCUGGCUACAAUGUUUCAUACAUGAUUGGGACACUUGUGCUCUCGAGGUCUUUUUUGGCUGAGAUGACUGGUAAACAACAGGCUUUGGUUUCAGAGAAAAUAUUAUAGAGGAUGGGUUCCUUUUUUUAAGGCAUCCAUUAUGCUGAUAUUUAAGAGUCUGACAAGAAAAAAUCCCAUCAUAAAGAGUGUACUCUUUUUCCUUCUUACCUGAGCAGAAAAUGGACCUAAUUAUAAUGCUGCAAACAGCCCAUUAAAACCGUAAAUAACUGAAGUGUAUUGAACUUUAGAAAAAAAAUCAAAUUUACCCAUGUGUGUAGUGUCCUUGUUUUCCAGAAACCUGUCCUGACGUUGUUGUGCUUGUGUCUAUUUUCCCAUCACCUUUUCAUUCCUCCCCCCGGUGCCAAUGGCAGCUAUAGAUGGACAGUUUUAGAGCAUUUUGCUGGUUACUAACGCUCCCAUAUGCUAUCACAAUUACCUGGAGAAACAAAGAAGCAUUCCUUCGCCUUUCAUAGGUCACCAGCAAGCUGUUGUUGUAGUGCUACCUAUUUGAACUACUCACACAAAGCAGUGACACAAAAGUAGCGUGACAUUGAUAUGUAGCUCAGUUGUGCUUUUGUACCUGCUUCUCCUCUUUGCCUUCCUCUUCAAUAAAGACAAAUGGUGAAACAAA